GGAGGGAGGGAGGGAGAGGACCAGGUUGAAGCCUUGGCUGCCACUGUGGGGGUUCUGGCUGAGACAAGCAAGUUGGGCCACAGCUGCACCCGCCGCAGCCGCCACGAUGCAGAGCAUCAAGUGUGUGGUGGUGGGCGACGGGGCAGUGGGCAAGACGUGCCUUCUCAUCUGCUAUACCACCAAUGCCUUCCCUAAGGAGUACAUCCCAACGGUGUUCGACAACUACAGUGCCCAAAGCACUGUGGAUGGGCGCACCGUCAAUCUGAACCUGUGGGACACAGCAGGGCAGGAGGAAUAUGACCGGCUACGCACCCUGUCCUAUCCCCAGACCAACGUCUUUGUCAUCUGCUUCUCCAUCGCCAGCCCACCUUCCUACGAGAACGUGCGGCACAAGUGGUAUCCAGAAGUAUGUCAUCACUGCCCUGACGUGCCCAUCCUGCUCGUGGGCACCAAGAAGGACCUGCGGGCCCAGCCAGAUGCCGUAAGGCGGCUGAAGGAGCAGGGCCAGGCGCCCAUCACACCCCAGCAGGGCGUAGCCCUGAGCAAGCAGAUCCAUGCCGUUCGCUACCUCGAGUGCUCUGCACUGCAGCAGGAUGGCGUCAAAGAAGUGUUCGCUGAGGCUGUCCGGGCCGUGCUCAAUCCAACGCCACUCAAGCGGGGCCGCUCCUGUUUCCUCUUGUGACUCCCCAACCUUGGAAGGGAACAGAUUCCCCCCUUCCCACCCCUGCUGGCCUUGUCCUGGGGCUUGUUGUCUGUUCAUCUUCCUGAGCCCCUUUCCCCCCUGCCAACUCAACCAGAUGUGCCUUGGCCCCCUUCUCCCCUCUAGGUCUGAUUGGUUCCUCUUUCUCUUUCCAGCCACAUGUCCCCCAAGCAGUGUCCAUGCUCUCCUCAGAGAGAAGGGAAAAAGGGAUGGAACAAUGUUCUCGUCCUCCUUUCUCUGGGCAGUCUUUACAUUCAAUUCAGUGAACGUUAUUGACCAACCUCCUACUAUGUGCAAGACCCUGUUCAGGUUCUGGGAAUUCUGAGAUGAAAAAAGACAGAGCCCUUGCUUUCCUGGAGCUUUCAGUCCACUGCCCUUCUGUUCCUGGCACUCAGAGCUGAAGCACUCCUGUUGUUGGUGGGGGGGUGAGGGGGUGGGGGUUUCCAGCCCUCCCACUCCAUCAGUCUUCAGUGAGCUUCUCUGGGCCAACUCUCACGGGCCUUUCUGAGCUUCCUUGGGUCAAGGGCACUUCUAAAUACCCACCCUAUCCUCCAGCCAUCUCUGCUCCAGCCUGGCUACCAUGCUCAGGACACACCUCACCCCUCUUGCCAGGAAAGGAGCACAGGAUCCUGAGAAGAGAGGGAGCCAGCCAGCACCUACCCGCCUGAGAAAGGGGCAAGGAGAGCCAGCUGCCUCUCAAUCCCCAUUUACAAACCCACCAACAGACUUUGUCCGUAUGUGCUCUAGGGGUGUGGAAGGGAUGGGAAGACUUGUUCUGUCCCACCAACUCCCUCCACCCUCUCCCUGCGUGCAUUAAUAAAACCUUGUGUUCAAGACCCA